AUGAAGGCUUUCCUGGCCACUCUGGCCGUCGUGCCCCUGGUCUUGGCCACGGGCCCCAAGGCGCCUCUCCCUCCUUGCACAGAUGACUACACGCCCUUCACCAAGGUCGGCUGCUUCCAGGAUGACGACUCGGCCAGCCCGGCUCUCAUCUACCGCUCGCUCUCCAACCAGCGAGAGAUGACCAUUGAGCAGUGCACCUCCGAGUGCAAGGGCAAUGGCUUCCGCUACGCCGGCAUCAAGUACGAGGGCGUCUGCUACUGCGGCUCUUCCUACGACGCGCCCCAGGUCGACGACUCCCUGUGCUCCAUCCCCUGCAGCGGCGACAACGAGGAGAUCUGCGGUGGCGUUGAUCAGACGGUCAUCUACGAGGACCCUACUUUUUCCACCGUCCCCUCCGACGUCAGCCUGGACGACUACGAGUCGCUGGGCUGCUAUACCGACGACUCGGAGGACCGUGCCCUCGCCUUCAAGGUCGACGUUGACGCCGGCACCUUCACCACUGAGACCUGCCUGAGCGCCUGCUUGGCCCAGGGUCUUCCCUACGCCGGCACGCAGUUUGGCAACGAGUGCUGGUGCGGCACCGACCUCGGCGCCGGAGCCGAGAAGUCCGACUCCAACCAGUGCAACACACCUUGCCAGGGCGACGACUCUGUGAACUGCGGUGGCCCCGAGCGUCUGACGCUUUACUACGCCAAGAGCCUGGUUGGCCCUGCCCCUUGUGGUGUCGAGCCCCCGGCCGUCACCACCACGACCGGCCCCAGCGUCUCCGCGACCACGACCGAUGCCAUCUGCACCGCGACGAGCACCGUCGCCCCCGACUGCGAGUUCAAGUGCGGCAAGUGGUGCGCCCCUGCCCUGCCCGACUGGACCGACAAGUCUGGCUGCAAGUCCGCCGCCAAGACGUGCCUUCUCCAGGUGGCCUCGUGCCUCAAGCACGCCGGGUGGCCCGAGGUCACGCAGUGCUUCGAGUUCUCCCGCUGGUGCUCAAACGUCAAGUCGGCAUGCGACUCGGACUGCAAGUUCAACAAGUGCUCCAAGAAGCAGUGCUGGGACAAGUACAAGCCCGGCGCCGGCGCCAAGGCGCCCACGACCAAGACGACCACAUUCCCCUGCGCGGCCACCACCACCACCAUGAUGACCACCACCAUUGUCCCCACGCAGACCGCCUGCCCUCCUGAGCCCACCAACAUCUGCAAGCAGCCCACAAACGACAAAUACGGCUACGGUCCCGACAAGCCCGUCGCCGACAUUGCGCUCCCCGUCGUCGGCUGCAACGACAUCAAGGAGGACUUUGGCAAGAACCCCUUCAAGUUCUACAACAACGCCAAGAGCCGCAGCUGCCCCUCGUUCAGCUGGCACAAGCGGCCCAACGUCUGCGCCGAGGCCUGCGAGGAGCAGUACGAGGAAUGCAAGGAGACCUACGUCAAGUCGUGCGAGAACACGUCGUGGCGCGGCAACGGCCACGGCCGUCGCGAUGAGGACGAUGCCGAGGAGCAGACGAGCGAUCUCGAGGCACGCACCUUUUGGUGGAGCAAGAGCUUCUCCUUCUCCGGCUCCUCCAAGUGGGGUGGCAGCGGCCUGCCCAGCACCUGCGCCGCGCGUGACGACAAGAAGGAGUGGUUCAAGAAGGGCUGCGACGCCCUCCAGUGCUGGGGCAAGGGCGCCAACACCAAGUGGGCCGCCAGCAAGCGCUGCCGCGCGCAGUACAAGGACUGCCUGGCCGUCAACAAGAAGGUCACCGUCGACGGCAUGUGCAAGUCGUACUGCUCGGCUUAG